AUGGCGGGCGACGACAAGCACAUGUUCAAGCAGUUCUGCCAGGAGGGGGAGCCGCACGUGCUGGAGGCCCUGUCCCCCCCCCAGCCCACCAGCGCCACCCCCCCCCCGCCGUGGGCCCCCCCCCGCCGUGUCGCCCGCGGGGGCGCCCCCUCCCGCCUGCGGCCCCGGGCCCCCCCCCCCAUCCCCCCGCCCCACCCCCCCCCCCGGUUGUACCCCACCCCCCCCCCCCCGCCCGGUGGUCAGCUGGGGAAGAGCAGCGAGGACGGGGAGAAUCCUCUGAGCGAUAAGUGCUGCAGGAAGACUCUGUUCUACCUCAUCACCACGCUCAACGAGUCCUUCAGGCCCGACUACGACUUCAGCGCCGCCCGCGCCCACGAAAGCUGA